GGAGUGGGUGGUGCCGACUUCGGACCCCAAGGUUCCCCUUUGGCAGAGAGCCCCGCAGUCCUUCGUGGAAAGCGGCUCAGGCCGGGUGAUGGCUGCGGCGACGCGCACAGCGCCCCGCGCCCGAGAAAUCUUCACCACGCUGGAGUACGGACCCGCGCCGGAGAGCCACGCAUGCGCACUGGCCUGGCUGGACACCCAGGACCGGCACUUGGGUCACUAUGUAAAUGGAAAGUGGUUAAAGCCGGAACAUAGGAAUUCAGUGCCUUGCCAGGAUCCCAUCACAGGAGAGAACUUGGCCAGUUGCCUCCAGGCCCAGGCGGAGGAUGUGGCGGCAGCCGUGGAGGCAGCCAGGACCGCGUUGGAGAACUGGAGCACGCUCCCCGGAGCCCGUCGGGCCCAGCACCUGACCAGGCUGGCCAAGAUGAUCCAGAAGCACCAGCGCCUGCUGUGGACCCUGGAGUCCCUGGUUACUGGACGGGCCGUUCGAGAGGUUCGAGACAGGGAUGUCCCGCUGGCCCAGCAGCUGCUCCAGUACCAUGCAGUCCAGGCACACACCCAGGAGGAGGCGCUGGCAGGCUGGGAGCCCAUGGGAGUAAUUGGUCUCAUUGUGCCACCCACAUUCUCCUUCCUUGAGAUGAUGUGGAGGAUUUGCCCUGCCCUGGCUGUGGGCUGCACUGUGGUGGUCCUCGUGCCCCCAGCCUCCCCGGCGCCCCUCCUCCUGGCCCAGCUGGCAGGAGAACUGGGCUCAUUCCCAGGAAUCCUCAACGUGAUCAGUGGCCCUACCUCCCUGGGGCCAGUCCUGGCCUCCCAGCCUGGAGUCCAGAAGGUGGCCUUCUGUGGAGCCGUCGAGGAAGGACGUGCCCUUCGGCGGACCCUGGCGGGCCAGGGUCUCGAGCUGAGCCUGGCCCUGGGGGCCGAGUCGCUGCUGCUGCUGACGGAGGCAGCUGAUGUGGACUCGGCUGUGGAGGGUGUUGUGGAUGCAACCUGGUCCGACCGCAGCCAGGGCGGCCUCAGGCUUCUCAUACAGGAGUCUGUGUGGGAUGAGACGAUGACACGGCUCCAGGCGCGGAUGGGGCGGCUUCGGGUUGGCCGAGGGCUGGACGGGGCUGUGGACAUGGGGGCCCGAGGGGCUGCCGCACGUGACUUGGCCCAGCGCUAUGUGCGUGAGGCCCAGAGCCAGGGCGCACAGGUAUUCCAGGCUGACGAUGUGCCCUCAGACAGCCCAUUCUAUCCACCAACCUUGAUCUCUGACCUGCCCCCAGCCUCCCCAUGUGCCCAGACUGAGGUGCCAUGGCCUCUGGUGGUGGCCUCCCCAUUCCGCACAGCCAAGGAGGCCCUGGCAGUGGCCAACGGGACGCCCCGAGGAGGCAGUGCCAGUGUGUGGAGCGAGAGGCUGGGGCAGGCCCUAGAGCUGGGCUACGGGCUCCGGAUGGGAAUAGUGUGGAUCAAUGCCCACGGCCUCAGAGACCCUGCCGUGCCCACAGGUGGCUGCAAGGAGAGUGGGUCUUCCUGGCACGGGGGCCCAGAUGGUCUCUAUGAGUAUCUGCAGCCCUCAGGGACUCCUGCCCGGCAGCCCUCCCUUUCCGAGAAUCUGAACUAUGACACCUUUGGCCUUGCUGUCCCCUCCACCCUUCCAGCUGGGCCUGAAACAGGGCCCAGCCCAGCACCCCCCUAUGGGCUUUUCGUGGGGGGCCGUUUCCAGGCUCCUGGGGCCCGGAGCUCCAGGCCCAUCCAGGAUUCCCACGGCAAUCUCCAUGGCUACGUGGCUGAGGGCGGAGCCAAGGACAUCCGCGGUGCUGUGGAGGCUGCCCACCAGGCUGCCCCUGGCUGGGUGGGCCAGUCGCCAGGGGCUCGGGCAGCCCUGCUGGGGGCCCUGGCGGCUGCGCUGGAGCGCAGGGAGUCCGCACUGGCCACGAGGCUGGAGAGGCACGGAGUGGAGCUCAAGGUCGCCAAGGCCGAGGUGGAGCUGAGUGUGAGGCGGCUUCGGGCUUGGGGGGCCCGGGCCCAGGCCCAGGGCCACACCCUGCAGGUAGCAGAGCUGAGAGGUCCCGUGCUCCGGCUGAGGGAGCCGCUGGGUGUGCUGGCUAUCGUGUGCCCGGACGAGUGGCCCCUGCUGGCCUUCGUGUCUCUGCUGGCCCCCGCCCUGGCCCAUGGCAACACUGUGGUCUUGGUGCCCAGCGGGACCUGUCCCAUCCCCGCCUUGGAGGUCUGCCAGGAUGUGGCCACCUUGUUGCCAGCAGGCCUGGUGAACGUGGUGACAGGCGACCGUGACCACCUGACCCGCUGCAUGGCCUUGCACCAGGACGUCCAGGCCCUGUGGUAUUUCGGAUCUGUCCAGGGCUCCCAGUUUGUGGAGUGGGCCUCAGCAGGAAACCUGAAGCCAGUGUGGGUGAACAGGGGCCUCCCGCGGGCCUGGGAUCAGGACGCCGAGGGGGCAGGUCCGGAGCUGGGGCUGCGGGCAGCACAGACCAAGGCCCUGUGGCUGCCCAUGGGAGACUGACGCCUGUGUACCGCCACCGCAUCUUGGACGGAGGAGAGAUGGGUGCAAACUGUCACCAGACGCCUGAAACUUUCCUCUUAUGAUGGUUCCCAUGCUCUCUAAGACACCCUGACCAACCUCGGCUGGGCUUCUGAGGGGAGGGAGACAGCAAGCUGCAACUUCUGGUCUCUUUGAGGCCAUUUGAGUUCUGAGACUUGGCAGCCCAGUGGGCUGGCUCCAGAACCACACAGUGUUUAUGAAACCGAUAAGGGGACCUUGGAAGCCCCAGCCAAGGCCAUGGGGCCUCUCGUCUCUUCUGGUCUGCUCCAUCCGGUGGCUCCUGCUCUUUAACUUUGUCUCCUUCUGCAUUGCCUCAGAAUCCAUAGGGUGCUGGUCUAAAAUAAAAUUCAGUAGCUCUCUGCAAUAAAACAAAAGCCCUGGUAAGUGACUUCUGCCAGUUUCCGCAGUGUAAAUGCUCCCACCGCGUCAGAUUUCAAGCUCCAGAUAAUUGAACAACCAAAUGACAGAAUUCCUGAAUUUUUUUCUUCUUUUUUUUUUUGCUGAGGAAGAUUUGCCCUGAGCUAACAUCUGUGCCAGUCGUCUUCUGCUUUAUAUAUGGGAUGCUGCCACAGCAUGGUUAAUGAGCAGUGUGUGUAUCUGCACCCGGGAUCCAAACCCGCCAACCCUGGGCCACUGAAGUGGAGUGCACAACUUAACUGCUAUGCCACCAGGCUGGCCCCCAGGAUUGCUGAAUUUUUAGCAGUCGGUUCCCAUGAGCCAAAAUGAGCCACUCCACCAUACCACUGUUUUAGAAUUCUUUUCGAUGCAAGGAACUCACUCAUGCUAGCUUAGGAUAAAAGAGAAUUUUCUGGAAGGCUACAGAGAUACCUUACCGAAGACAGGGCAAGACAUGCAUCCGGGCACCCCGGGUCCUGAGAACCUGGAGUGUAGGCAGAUCCUUUUUUCGUGGGCCCGGGAUCUUUUGGGUCUUGUAUCUGCCUGUCUGCUUCAUUUGAAUCUUUCUAGGAAAGACUUGACUUUAGGGAGGCUGCUUAACGGCUCUGAGCCUCACUUUCCUCAUCUGUAAAAUGGGGCUAAGUGACGGGUACACAGGACGUGCUUAAUGAGUGUUGGCUUAAUUAGAGGUUGAUUUUGUCCUGGGCCACCUCUUGUCGGCAUUGACUAAGUCUGGACGCAGAGCUUACCUCUCCCAGGACCUGGACGUUUGCACGGGAGCGACACGGAGGGAGGGGAGCGUUGGUGGGAAGGCUCUGGAAGGCUCUGGAAGGCUCGGGUUCCUGCCUGCAGUUUGACAACUCCCUCUGGACUCUGUGGGCUGCCUCAGGGUCCUUCUUGUUAAUCUGUUGCCUUAACCAGCCCAAGCCCGUCUCGGCAGGUCCAUGUGCCCCCGUCCCAGACCACAGACGACGCUCAGCACUGCAUCCCCGGGAGGGGAAGUCUGAUUGGCCAGCCUAGGUCAGGUGUCCACUUCUGGUCCAGUCAUCUCUGGCCGGGAGGCAGGAGCUCCUCAUCAAAGCAGCAUCCAGUCGGUCCAAUAUCCACUGGGCGCCUACUAUGAGUAAGGCACUGUUCCAGGCGCUGGGGAGAUGGCCGUGAACAAGAAGCUCCUGGCCUCCUGGAGCUGACAUUCUGGUGGGCGAGGUGGGUAUUUGUUUGCAGUUGCUGCUGUAACAAAUGAUCACAAAGUUAGUGGCUUAAAUAAAACAACACAACGUGUGACCUUACAGUUCUGGGAGUCAGGAGUCCAAAGUGGGUCCAAAAUCAAGGUGUCGGCAAGGGCUGCAAGUUUGUCCCAAGGGCACUAGGGAGCCAUAGAGGGUCUAUGAGCAAAGGAGAGGCAGUCUCAGCUCUGGUUGAAAGACAUACAGAGGUAACCUAAGGUGCCAUGUACUAUAAUAGAGGAAACUCGGGGCACCCUGGGGGCCCAGAGAAAGCACCCUAGCCAGCCUGAGAGUGGGGGGGAUGAGAGGUGGCAGGAAUCUCCCCAAGGAAGUUGCCGUCUCGUUGAAUUUUUUUCUAACUUUAUUGAGAUAUGAUUGACCAAUAAAAAUUGUAUAUAUCUUGGUUGUACAACAUAAUUUUUUCAAGGUGUGCAACAUGACGAUUUAAUAUGUAUGUGCAUUGGGAAAUGAUUACCAUGGUCAAGUUAAUCAACACCCCCGUAACUCCACAUAGUUACCUUUUAUAUAUGUUGUGUAGACACGGGAGAUCUAUUGUCUUAGCGACUUUCAGGUCUACAAUUCUUGAAACCGGUAUUGACUAGUUUUGUUAACUAUAGUCACCAUAUUGUACAUUAGAGCCUCAGAACUAAUUCGUCUUUUAACUAAAAGUUUGUACUUUUUGACCAACAUCUCCCCAUUUCCCCCAAUCCCCAGCUCCUGGCAACCACCAUUCUAGUCUCUGGUUCUAUGAAUUCAGCUUUUUUAAGCCAUUACUUGCUCUUUUUUUUUUUUUUCUGGUGAGGAGGAUUGGCCCUGAGC